CAUCACCCCUCUGUGCUCCCGAUGGUUUCUUCCGCUCAGGAUAUAUAAUGGCGCCCAGGUCAAUCAGCUGACUGUUAGUCAGGAUGCCGAUCGCUGGGGGUCUAGGAGGCGCUAAGCCGGCAACGGAGGAGGUGCAGGGGCUCUGCGACCAGGUGAAGGCCGAGGUGGAGGAGAAACACGGCAAGAAAUACUCCACGUAUGUGGCCACCGAGUACAAGACCCAGUGCGUGGCCGGCACCAACUACUUCGUUAAGGUCCAAGUGGGCGAUGACCAAUACAUCCACCUGCGCCUGUACAAGAACCUCCCCCACGCGGGCGAGAAGCUCAGCCUCUCCGCCUCCCAGGCCGGGAAGACCAAGGAGGAGGAGAUCGUCCACUUCCAGUAGUCCCCCCUCCCCCGCAUCCUACUAGACUCUGCUUCAGUUCUAUCUCCUAUAAUGCAGCCAUCUGAUGGCUUCCUCCCCCGCUCCGGGGCCAAUGCUCGGACGGGGCCCCUGCACAAUAAAGACAUUUCUUACUAA